AUGACUUCUACCAGCCAGCUGUUUGGCUUGGCGGAGGUGGGGCUGAGGUGCGACCAGGAGAUUGAGAGGAGAUACGAGAUCGUGCCCUCAGUGGUCUGCUCGAUGUGCUGCCUCUUUGGAAUCAUCUACUGCUUCUUUGGCUAUCGAUGCUUCAAGGCCGUGUUGUUCCUCACAGGCCUAAUGUUUGGCUCUGUGGUCAUCUUCAUGCUGUGCUACAAGGAGAGAGUGAUGGACACUCAGCUGAGCGUAGAGGCCUCAGUCGGCAUCGGCCUGGGCAUCGGGACCCUGUGUGGCCUAGUGACCAUGCUGGUUCGCAGUGUGGGACUGUUUAUGGUGGGCCUGCUGCUUGGCUUGCUGGUUGGAGUGGCUUCACUGGUGGUCAUGGAGGAGUUCUACCACCCCAAAACAGUAUGGGUUCCUCUGGGUAUCCUCCUGGGUUCUGGGACAUUAUUUGCAGUCCUCACCCUUCAGUGGCAGUGCUGCUUCGUCACUUUCUCCACCGCCACCUUCGGCUCCGCCAUCAUCACUGUCACCGUGGAUUAUUUCAUAGAGCUGUUUGCCUUGGUGCACUAUGUCUAUGAGAGACUCAAGGUGGCGCCUAAGAAGCCAGUGUGCUGGUUUACUUGGGUCAUCUUGGGGGUGUGGCCUGUCCUGGCCUUUCUCGGAGUGCUGAUCCAAUGGAAAGUCACUGCAGAGGGAUUUUCCCACACAGAGGUGGUUUUGAGUCGGCAGCAACGGAGGGUCCAGCUCAUGCGCAUCCGGCAACGGGAAGAAAGGCUAAAAAAGGAGAGGGAGAACAAGAAGAAGAAAAAACGACAGAACCAGAAGACCAGCCACAAGCAAAAAGCCCACACCCAUCACCACCACCACCAGCAGUAUCACCACCCGGCGGCAUCCCACCCGCAUCACCAAGUCCAGAGCUCUCAGCCUCCUAAAGUCCCUCCUCCUCAGACUGAGCCAGGCUACCACCGCAAGGCCAACCCUAAAAGACGCUUUGAUGGAGAUGUGCUGUCACCGAGCUACAUCAGGAGUUUCAGGGACAGACAGACGGACAGACGGGCGUACUCCCACAGUCGAAUGAUGAGCCGCACCCGGAUGGCUGAACUCGACUAUGACUGCGGCUCUCAAGUGCCCCUCACGGCCCCCAGCGGACCCCAAGUUCGCAUCUGAAGCAGCAAAAUGCACAAAUCCACACACAAUCGCACAAUCACAUAAAUCUACUUCAAAACUCUUUGUAACAGUUAGGGAUAGAAAACCUAACCUUACUGUGCCAACCUAAUCAACUGCCUAUCCCAGGAUCAACUCAGUCUCAAAGUCUAUGUCUCACACUGGUUUUUGUGUAUUUGUUAGGUCGGUUUGGUCCUGUUUUGCUCUUUGUUAAUGUCAAGACAAAAGGAGCCAGAACUGAUUGUUUUUGAAGGCGAACUGAUCUCAGACAUCAUGAGUCAUCACAUACUUUACCUGGCUCUUCCGUUACUGCUCUCAUUUGGACAACAUCGGAAAAACCUGGACCUGUCCUGUGGAGAAUUUUGAUUCAAAGACGUAUUUUGGUUGCUUCAAGCAAUAAGAAGUAAUAUCCAGUGGGACUGCAGAAGGAGGAAAAAAAUCAAAACACUAAUUUCUCCACAAGAGGCU